CUGCUCGCAACCGCCGGACCGGCAUGCUCGCUCUUUUCCGCUGCCUGUGGUCUGCAAGCUAAGUGACGAUGGCCACUACAAUGCCACUGGUGCCUGCAGCAGCGGCGGCGCCUCUCCCCUCAGGACCAGCGCCGCUCCUCGCUAUGCUGGCGGAUGGGCGUCGCAGCCGGCUGCUCAAGCAGGGCGCAGAGGCCAAGGUCUUCAGUGUGCUCGAAGCGGUCCCCACGCGUCCGAGCGCUGUGACGUAUCUCGAUGCUGGCGCCUCCACCGAACAUGCAGGUGCUCCGCCAGGUGAAGCAGGCAGUGGACGCGUCCUGCUCAAGUACCGCUUCCCCAAAACCUACCGUCAUCCGACGCUCUCCGCCACCAUCACCGCGCAGCGCACGGCGAUGGAGGCGCGCGCGCUCCUGCGCUGCGCCAAGGCCGGCGUUGCUGUGCCCGCCGUGCGCUGCGUCGACGAGAAGAGCGGCGUGCUCGGUCUUGAAUGGAUCGCCGGCAGGAGCGUGCGCGAGUGGCUUGGAGGGGGAGCCGAGGGAGACGACGAGGCUGCAGCUGGACCCGAGUCGGGAGAGGCAGAGGGGGCUGAAGGGGAGGAGGAGGAAGAUGGGCAGGCUGUGCUGAGUGGGGAUGACCAACUCCGUCUGAUGGACCUGAUUGGCGCGCAGAUUGCACACAUGCACUCCAUCCACGUCAUACACGGUGAUCUGACGACCAGCAACCUGAUGCUUCGACCAUGUCCUCACACACACAUCGCCCAAGCAAAGGGUAAAGCGAAAGCGGACAGCUCGGACGUGCAAGACCUGACGCGGGCCUUUCUCACGCUUUCGACGGAUGGUGAAAGCGACAGCCAAUCAGCACAAGCAGCACAAGUCGUGCUCAUCGACUUCGGGCUCUCGUCCGUUUCGACAUUAGCGGAAGACAAGGCCGUCGACCUGUACGUGCUCGAGCGCGCGUUUGCAUCGACGCACCCGGCCAGUGGGCACCUUUUCACGCGCAUCCUGGACGUAUACUUUGCCCAGCUCGAGCGCAGGAUGAAAGGCGAAAGAGUUCCCAAAGGCGGAGUUGCACAUUGGAUCGAUGUGCGGCGAAAGCUGGACGAGGUACGAUUACGAGGUAGGAAACGGAGCAUGGUUGGGUAGCACGCAAUGUCAUUGUAAUUCUCCUUUCAUCCUUUUACUGACUGCAGCAAUGAUAUAUGAAUGCCUACUUUGCGAAGAGCG